CUAAGUGAGGGUCAUCGCAAGGGAUGGCAGUAGCAUCACAUCGCUUGUGGAAGGGUCCACAUGUGGGCGAACACUUUGUCGAGCUCGCCUACCAACGUAAAGCCACCACUUGCGGCUGCAUCUUGCUCCGCUGCAACGAACGCCUUCGGUAGUGGUCGAACUCGUCCAGAUGAAUCUCACAUGCUCUCCCAAUUGCUUCGCAUAGAGAUUCAAGGAGCAAAGGCAUGCUCGCUUAGCUCCAGGGUCUUCAUGCAGAUGCACACAAUUCGCCAUACUAGUACAGGUACUGCCCUCUCUGCCGAUGUCUUCGCGUUUCGCCAUACUGGUACAGACACUGCCUUCUCUGCCGAUGCCUUCGCCUUCCCUUCUGGUUCGGAGGUUCUGAAGUUGCGCUCACUCAACACCCGUCGACGGGACAGAGAGGAAUGUAUUCACAAGGCGACCAGACCAGCUGGCGCAAAGACUGAUCGACAGAAAGGUAAAGAGUCGAGGCGAUGAGAAGUGGCCGAAGGCACUGCCAUGCUGCUGUGGCGGAAUCUUGCACUUCGAGGGAGCAAAGAAGUCGAGAGUCAUUGACAGG